AUGAUCUUCACUCCGCCAGAAUGGGGCCGUGCCAUGAUGCCCAUCCCCGACUCGCUCCCUAUCUACGACUUCCUGCUCCAACGCGACAACCGCCACCUCUACAACUGGACCGCCGACAGCCCGACCCUGACCUGCGCUGUUUCCGACAAGUCAUACACCCUCCAGACGAUCGCAACCCGGGUCGAUGCUCUCUCGCGCAGCCUGAGCCGUGAACUGGGCUGGGGGCCGAAUGCAGGCUCGCCCUGGGACAAGGUCAUUGGGAUCUUCAGUUUCAACACGAUCGACUUCCUGAUCGCCUCGUGGGCUGUCCACCGCGUGGGCGGCGUCUGUCUGCUCAUGCACCCGACCAGCUCUGCUGCAGAAAUCAAACGACAUAUCACUCUCACUAAAUGCCGUGUCCUUUUUACCUGUCGCUCGCUGCUGUCGACGGCUAACGACGCUCUUGCCGACAGUGCAGUCCAAGACCCCAAGGUGUAUCUACUCGACCUGCCGGAGGAGCUUGCGAAGACAUCUUCUCUUCCCGACCAGGGACAGAAGACAGUCGAACUACUGGUCCAGGAGGGAGCCUCCCUUCCCCAGAUCGAGCCAUUACAAUGGACACCUGGUCAGGGCAAGGAGCAGGUCGCAUACCUUUGUCCGACCAGUGGAACUUCCGGACUGCAGAAACUCGCCCAGAUAACGCAUUACAACAUCAUCGCAAACGUAAUUCAGUCAGGGACAUUCGAAGCACUACACAAACACGGCCGCACUGAGACUGCACUCGGCUUCCUACCCCUGAGUCACAGCUACGGGUUGAUUCUGGCGCACUUGACUGCCUGGCGCGGGGAUACCUAUAUCUUGCAUGCUCGCUUCGACAUGCAGGCUGCUCUGGCUUCGAUUGCGAAAUACAAAAUCGAGAGGCUGUACCUGGUACCCCCUAUUAUCUCUGCCCUGGUUAACAACCCCUUCCUCUUCGAAUUGUACGAUCUGUCGUCUGUCAAAUCUGUUAUUACCGGCUCUGGACCGUUUGGACCCCGUCUUGCAGAUGCCCUGAGCAAGGUCCGUCCAACGUGGCAGGUUCUCCCUGGUUACGGCCUCACCGAAACUGCCGUGAUCAUCUCCAUCACGAACCCCAACUACAUCUACCUCGGCUCAGACGGCUGUCUCCUCCCCGGCGUCGAAGCCAAGCUCAUAACCACCGAAGACGUCGAGGUAGACCGGUACGACGAGCCAGGCGAGCUCCUCCUGCGAUCGCCCAGCAAUAUGAAGGGAUAUCUAGGCCAGCCCGAAGCCACGAAAGAGAUCUUCGACGACGAGGGCUGGCUGCGCACGGGGGAUAUUGCUGUCUUCCGACUCCAGACCAGGGACGGCAAGGACACGCCGUACCUUGAUAUCGUCGAUCGGAAGAAGGAUAUCAUGAAGGUUAAGGGGCUGCAGGUUGCGCCUGUGGAGAUUGAGUCGCAUCUUGCGGCGCAUCCUGCUGUUGCUGAGGUGGCUGUUGUGGGUGUGCGGGAUGAGGAUGCGGGUGAGAGGCCUUAUGCGUUUAUUGUCAGGUCCCCGAAGGAGAUGGUUGAUGUGGAUGAGGAGACUAUCAAGGCUGAGUUGAAUCGGCUGGUGGAGAGUGCGUUGAGUGAGCCGCACUGGCUGCGUAGGAAUAUUCGCUUUGUGGAUGAAUUUCCUAAGAGCAGUAAUGGGAAGACGCUCAAGUUUAAGCUUAGGGAGACUUUAUCUAGUUGA